GGAUUUGUUGGGAAGAUGAGGAAUAACCGAGGGUUAGGGUUGAGAUUGUAUGUGGUAACGGAUGCAAGCGACGAUCCGGUGAAGCCGAGGCCCGGUACGUUAAGGUAUGGGACGAGUAUGAUACAGGGAAAGGUGUGGAUUACAUUUGCAAGAGAUAUGCAAAUUAAGCUCGAGCGGCCGUUGCUUAUUGGGAGCUAUGUAACGGUGGAUGGGCGUGGAGUGGAUGUUCAUAUUGCAGGGGGUGCGGGAUUUUUGCUCAAUCAGGCACACGAUGUUAUUAUUCACGGACUACAAUUCCAUCAUAUUCGUGCGGCGGCGCCUGGGCCGGUGGUCGGACCUGGUGGCAAGGUGACCAAUAUGUGGGGGAGCGAUGGGGAUGCCAUUCGACUCGUCUCUUCUUCCAAAAUUUGGAUCGACCACAAUACCCUUUACGCCGGCGAGGACGGCCUCCUUGAUGUCACGCGCGGAUCCAACGGCAUCACCAUCUCCAACAACUGGUUCCAUGAUCAUGACAAGGUGAUGCUCCUCGGCCAUGACGAUGGCUUCGUUGAGGACCGCAACAUGCAUGUCACUGUCGUCUUCAACCGCUUUGGCCCUAACUGCAACCAACGCAUGCCCAGGAUAAGGCAUGGAUAUGCUCAUGUAGCGAACAACUUGUAUGACGGGUGGAAGCAUUACGCCAUUGGCGGAAGCAUGAACCCCAGGGUUAAAAGCGAGGCUAAUUUCUUUAUUGCUCCACCAAAUAAUAACAAAGCGGUUACUUGGAGAGUGAGUGGCGGGGAAAGGUGGAGCUGGAAAUCAGUGAAUGAUAUCUUCGUCAAUGGAGCCUUCUUCGGCGAGACAGAUCACAAAGGUCUUGAGCCGGGCUAUAAUCUUAGGCAGCGUUUCGCUGUGGGGAAAGCUAGCUCUGUGAGAUCACUAACUAAAUUCGCCGGAGCAUUGCGCUGCUCGUUGAGAUCUCGGUGCUAA